GCUCUCGUCCCCGUGCUGUGUGGCAGCGCCCUCCGAAACAAGGGUGUUCAGCUUCUACUGGACGCCAUCGGUCACUACCUGCCGUCGCCGUUGGACGUGCCUCCCGUGAUGGGACUACAUCCAAAGACGGAAGGAGAGGUGCUGAUGGAGGCCAGUGAGGACGCGCCUUUCUCCGCCCUCGCCUUCAAAGUUGUGGCGGACCCCUUUGUGGGCCGGCUGGUGUACUUCAGGGUGUACUCAGGUCAGGUGAAAGCGGGCACGUCGGUGUACAAUUCCACCAAGGGCAUACGCGAACGCAUGGGACGCGUGCUCAGUAUGCACGCCAACCGGCGGGAGGAGACGGAAGUCACCUAUGCCGGGAGCAUCGCCGCCGCCGUGGGUCUGAAGAACACCUUUACCGGCGACACCAUAUGCUACGAGAACUCUCCGGUAAUCCUGGAGACCAUACGCUUCCCCGACCCGGUGGUAUCCGUAGCCAUUGAGCCAAAGACCAGGACCGACCAGGAUAGACUGGUGGACUCCCUGGUCAAGCUGGCCGAGGAAGACCCCACGUUCAAGGUCAAAGUUGACGAUGAGACCGGCCAGACCAUCAUGUCCGGCAUGGGCGAGCUGCAUCUGGAGGUUCUGGUAGACCGCUUGAAGAGGGAGUUCCAGGUGGCCGCCAAUAUAGGACGGCCCAAGGUAUCCUAUCGAGAGACCCUGACCGGCUCUUCGAGGGCCGAAGGCAGGUUUGUGCGCCAGACAGGAGGCCACGGUCAAUACGGCCACGUGUGGCUUGAGCUCCAGCCAAUGGAGAGGAACAGCGGUUUCAAGUUCGAAAACAAGGUGGUGGGAGGGACUAUUCCCCGCGAGUACGUCCCAGCGGUGGAGAAGGGUGUAAAGGAGGCGCUGGAGACCGGCGUUCUGGCCGGCUAUCCGGUGAUAGACGUAAAGGCGACCCUUGUUGAUGGCAGCUUCCAUCCCGUGGACUCGUCUGAGAUUGCUUUCAAAAUGGCAGGCUCUAUUGCCACCAAAGAAGGUGUGAAGAGAGCGAAGCCUGUGAUUCUGGAGCCUAUUCUGGACGUGGAGGUCGUCACCCCGGGAGAUUUCCUGGGAGAGGUCCUCGGCGAUCUGGGAGGUCGGCGCGCCCGCAUCCGCAGUAUCGAAGGGCAGGGGUCGGUGCAGGCCGUUCGCGCUCUGGUGCCGCUGGCGGAGACCUUCGGGUAUACCACUGACCUGCGAUCUAUUACCCAGGGAAGGGGCAAGCCAGUCAAUGGAGUUCAGCCACUACGAAGAGGUGCCGCAGGGUGUGGCACAUGA